AUGGAUGCGCCGCUCGACGACGACGACAUGGCCCAAGCCAUGGGCUUCUCCUCCUUCGGCUCCCAGAACCGACCUCAGAAGCGCAAGUAUAAUCCCCAUGCCGACGCCAUCGUCGGGUCCGACUCCGCGACUGCUCAGCGCGCGGCCAGGCCAUCCGCCACCGGGUCCAACUCCACGCCGCUCGGCCUUCCCACCAGGAAGCCUGACCAGGCCGCCGCCAAUGCUGACGAGAUUGACCUGGAUGAAGACGAGGACGAGGUUGACGGCGACGGAGCUGCGUCAGAUGCGACUGGGAUCCCUGAAAGGCCAGGUGAAUCAUCAACCCCGGCGUUAGUGCGCCCUCCAGGAUUGCCAGAUCGCCCACCGCCAGGGAUUGGCUUCAUGGGCUCCUCCUCCAAAGGUCACCAGGACAGCCAUGGAGCAGCCCAAGAUGGCUCACGGCGCACCGUCGAGUGGGAGGGAUACUAUGACCCCUCGUCAAACGAGAAUCCCUGGAGAAGACUGGAGGAAUCAAGAGGCUUACAAUCCUUGGGCACAUGGAUCCCUCGGAGGCAUCGAGCAAGUGCUUCAAGUUGA